CACAUGGUCUGCAGAUUUUCCCCCACAUGUGGUGAGGAAUAUUCCCAUCUUAUGAGUUGAUAAUUAGUUUGCUAAUUAUUCCUGGCAGUUUUUUCUGUCGUUUGACAAUUAGGGGGUCACAUAGUCAUUUUAGUCUCACGACCUGAUUUAAAAAAUGGCGGUCUUGCCACAGUCUAACUACAGUACCAGCUGACGGUUCUCUGGAGUUCACGUGCUGAUGUCUUUCUGUUGCAAUUUGAAAAGGAAUUUUUUGAGAAAAAAAUGCCUGUGGAUCAGAGACGAAUCAAUGGACCCGAGGUGACAGUGCCCUAUCAAUUGUAUAUUGAUGCCUCAUCGAAGAGUGCAGAGAAAAAAUUAGAUUUAUUGAAUAAACGAGAGGAUGGACGGGCGCACAGUGAUGUCAGGAAGAUGUUCGUCAAAACUGGUGUUGUCAGUCAGGCCAAGGGCUCAGCCUACAUCGAAGUAGGCACCACCAAAGUGGUCUGCUCAGUCUUCGAUCCACGAGAAAUUCCGAAUAAACUAGGCUACAGUCUCCACGGGAAUCUCUACUGUGAAUUCAAAUUCGCAUCCUUCUCAUGUAGGAAGAGAAAAAUCCAUCAACAGGACGCAGAAGAGAAAGAGUACAGUCUAAUUAUGCAGAGAGCAUUGGAGCCUGCUGUUUGCAGGCAUGAAUUUCCAAACUUCCAAGUGGACAUCUACGCCUUAGUGUUGGAUAAUGGAGGCUCAUGUCUACCUGCUGCGAUAACUGCAGCCAGUCUAGCCCUGGCGAACGCUAGCAUUCCAAUGUUUGGACUUGUAGCAGCUGUUUCUGCGGGAAUUUAUUCAGACACAAUAUUCCUGGACCCAACGACCGAAGAGGAAGCCCUGUGCACCACAGCUCCGACCCAAAACGAUAAAUCAGAAAAUCAUGGAAUAAUAAUGCAAGCUUGUCUACCUCAACACGAUCAAGUCGCUGAAUUGUACUUUGUUGGAGACAUUGAUGUAUCCUCGAUAUCACCGGUUCUAGAAACUCUAACUGCCGCAUCUAAAGAGAUUUCUCUUGUUUUGCAGCAAAGAUUAGUGAAAUCUGUUAUUCGAACACUGAAAGAGAAAGAAAAAGAAAAGGAAAAUGAAGUAAAAGGGGAAUAAACUAGUUUUUUUACGUGCAAAA